AUGGCUGGUGCUUCCUCAUCGUCUGGAAGCAGUCGGAAAUACGACGUUUUCCUCAAUUUCAGGGGCGAAGACACACGUAGGCGUUUCGUCUGCCAUCUAUACGAAGCUCUGAAACACAAAGCACUCGACACCUUCAUAGAUUCCGAAGAGCUUAGAAAAGGCGACGACCUUUCGGAGCUACUCGAAGUCAUUCAACACUCGAGGCUUUCGAUUGUAGUUUUCUCUGAAAACUAUGCCUCUUCCACAUGGUGCUUAAAAGAACUCGUCCAGAUCCUGGAGUGUAUGGAUAGGCAGAGGCAGAUUGUGGUGCCCAUUUUCUAUGAAGUAGAUCCCUCCGAUUGUCGCAAACUGAAGGGUAGUUUUGCAGAAGCGUUUGCAAAAUAUGAACGUGAUUCCCAAGCCAACAUAGAAGAGGUGGAGAGCUGGAAGGCUGGUUUAACCAGAGCCAUCGGUUUAUCUGGCUGGGUCUCCAAAAACUAUGAGUAA